AAAACUUUGCACAUAUCUUUGUUUCCAAUAUUGGAAUUGAUUCAUUGACUUGAUCUCUACAUUUGCCUUGUAAGCAAAGCAAUUCCAUCAAAUUUGGAUUGUAACUAUUAUUAUUAGAGAUGCUUUGAUGGUAGUUUAGACACGUAUGGUGCAAAGGUUUAUGCAUUGUAGUUAUUAUUAUUUGAGAUGCAUUGAUGGUAGUUUAAGCGAAUAUGGUGCAAAGGUUUAUGCAUAUGAUGGCUUACACUUGAUCUCUGAACUUCAGGUAAGUUUUAUGUUGACAAGGUUAAUUGACUGAUGCUAAACUUUGCACAUAUCUCUGUUUCCAGAUGCUAAACUUUGCACAUAUCUCUGUUUCCAAUAUUGGAAUUGAUUCAUUGACUUGAUCUCUACAUUUGCCUUGCGAGCAAAGCAAUUCCAUCCAUUUUGGAUUGCAAUUAUUAUUAUUAUUAGAGAUGCUUUGAUGGUGGUUUAGACAAGUAUGGUGCAAAGGUUUAUGCAUUGUGGUUAUAUUAGUAUUAGAGAUGCUUUGAUGGUAGUUUAGACAAGUAUGGUGCAAAGGUUUAUGCAUUGUGGUUAUAUUAGUAUUAGAGAUGCUUUGAUGGUAGUUUAGACACGUAUGAUGCAAAGGUUUAUGCAUAUGAUGGUGUACACUUGAUCUCUAAACUUCAGGUAAGUUCUAUGUUGACAAGGUUAAUUGACUGAUGCUAAAACUUUGCACAUAUCUUUGUCUUCAAUAGUGGAAUUGAUUCAUUUACUUGAUCUCUACAUUUUCCUUGUAAGCAAAGCAAUUUCAUCCAUUUUGGAUUGUAGCAUUGUUGUGGCUUAGUUCUUGCUCAUUUUGUAUUCAGUUUACUUUAGUGACGUAGUCUUGCAUUUAACCUCUAUGGGUUAUCCCUUCCUAAGAUGCAUAGUCAUUGUUGUCAUCAUAACCCCUUUAUUCCAAACAAUGAUGGGUCAGUGACAUGACAUAUAGUGGGACUUGAUUGUCUAAAUGUUAGUAACCCUAAAGUUAUGCAUAAUACCAUAUCAAUGUCUUACUCUGGACAGCAUCUCAGUCACCACCGCCUUAUAACAGAAUAAUGUUAUGAAAUUUCAAAACCACCAUCAUAUGGUUUUCCAAUUUUCUGGGAUUAUCUGGAUGCCUACUGAUAAGCUAAUGAUUAAAAUUUCCAACGAUGGUUGUUGAUUUUCUUUCGUUAUCACUUAAAUCAUUUACAACAUUUAAGUUUCAUAAGGUCUUAUUAUUUGUCAAUUUAGAAAAAUUUAGUAAGAAAAUGCUGUCUCUCUGAUUUCAGGUGUCACACUUAGAGAUCAACAUCCAAAAUUAGGACAGACGCUGGUUGAUGUGGGACUUACUAAGAAUGUACUGAUUGAUCAAGACAUUGACCCAGGGAAAAGGGUAACAGUAUCCAUGGGAACUGACCGUCAUUUGGAAUCAGACAUACCACACAAAGUUGUUUCUACUUCCACGCCAAGGAAAGUGGCUGGGAUGUAUUGGGGCUAUAAGGUGCGAUAUGCUCCCAACAUUAGUUCCGUAUUCAAGGAUUGCCCCUACAAGGGAGGUUACGAUCAUAUUAUUGGGACCUCAGAACACGGUAUUUCUGUUAGGUCCUCUGAACUUACUCUGCCGCCAUUCACAAACCUAUUAAUAGCUUUUGGUGGGCUUGCGGGGCUGGAAGAGUGUAUUGAAGAAGACAAUAAUUUAAAGGGUAAAAAUGCUCGUGACAUAUUUGAUCUCUAUCUGAACACAUGCCCGCAGCAAGGAAGCAGAACCAUUCGGACUGAGGAAGCCAUCUUCAUAUCUCUGCAAUAUUUUCAAGAACCAAUCAACAAGGUUUUGGGAAAGAGCUAGAGCCGGCGGAGUCUUCCCCCAUGCCAGAUGCUGCUAAGAAUUGAAACUGUUGUAGAAUUUUGGACAUGUCAUAUUUUGCGGAACUCAAUGAAAGUUGAAGUCCUUCGGGAAGGAAGGGGAAGUCCUACUGAGGGGUUACUACUUACUACACUGAUUCUUGUUAGGGUUCCUUUCGAACUAGGAAUAUACUAGCGAAAGAAAACCUGGUGGAAAAUACAUGAAUUUUUUUCUUUUGGAAUAAGAAGUCUAGUUUUCACUUUGUAGUAUGAUAACUUUUUUUUAAUGUCUAUUCUUAACUCAUUUUAUGCGUCUUAAGUUGUAUGAAGACUAAAUGUAAGCAUUUGUC